GCGCCCGGACGCCUACGUCGUAGCGCGCUACGAGCUACGAGCGCCGCGCUACGAACUUAGUUCGAAUAUUAAAAGUUAAUCGGAUUUAAUUAAUAGUUUAAUUAAUUAUUAAUAAGUAGGCUAAGCUUCUUUAAUAAGUGUGUAGAAAUAACAAUGUGUGACAUUAGAAGGGCAGUGACUGAGUUGUGCACGCGGUAACCUAUUUAAAUGCUUCGUUAUAAAGCUGAGGAAGCGGAGUGAUUGAGGUGAUGCCGCGGCGCCAUGGGACGGCGCGCUAGUGCAAUGGAGCUCUCUGCUUCGUUACUGGUGCUUCUCCAUCUAUCGAUGCAUGUCGUCGAUGAGGGCCAUGCUGUCAAUCCAAGUUGUGGGUGCAUCAGGUUCACGUCGACGUACGGCAAGCCGCGCGGCACGUUCAGCAGCCCGGACUACCCCCGCCCGUACCCCGCGCGUCUCCACUGUCUGCUCUACACCUUCCUCGCCGCGCCGCAUCAGAUCGUAGAGCUCGUCUUCACCGACUUCAAUAUCUACAAGGAGCAUCUCGACUGCGCUCGGGGUGACUACCUGAAGGUAUACUGGGAGGUGCAAGGCCCAGGCCCGCCCGGGGCCGUCAACGAGCGCUCCGCGUGGGCCCGCGAGCUAUGCGGGACCCGCGCUGAGGCCCCAACGGCUUUGUACUCGCCAGGGCCGUCGCUGGUGCUUGAGUUCCAUACAGCAGAGAAGCAAACCAAUGCUACCGGCUUCGUUGGGACUUACAGCUUUAUUGAUAAACGUCUCUUCGAAACCGAGGGUAUGCGAGUGCCGGGUACAGAAUGCGACUUCCAGUUCAGCAGGUCUGGCAGCCGACCCACGCACGGCCGCUUCUACAGCCCCCUAUACCCGUCCGUCUAUCCCAACAACAUCAGGUGCUCCUACCACUUCCACGCGAGACCCAAGGAGCGCGUGAAAUUGGUGUUCAAAGAAAUAUCCCUUCAGAAAGGUGACGUAAGCUGUCUUCGGCGAGCGGACAUCAUCAAAGUGUUCGAUGGCAGAGACGCGAGUGCGCCUACCAUAGCUAUGCUCUGCAACGAGCUCACAGAGUAUGAAGUGCUGUCGACGGGGCCAGCCCUACUGGUGCAGUUCACAGCCAACUCCGCCACCCCUGGCCAGGGCUUCGACGCCACCUUCCACUUCCAGCCGCCUCCUGACUCCACAGCUGCUGAUUCUGAUCGCUUAUUGAAAUUAAGCUUUGGAAAAGCCUUCGAGUCCCUAGGACCUGAAGUGAGCGCAACAACGUCAUCAUGCCACCAAGAAUUCAGCAGUGAUGGGUCAAAACAUGGCACCCUCACAUCACCGCAUUACCCUUCGCCAUAUCCACCGAAUACACAUUGUCACUAUGAAUUCUUUGGUAGAGGAAAAGAAAGAGUUCGAUUAAUAUUUCAAGAUUUCUUUUUACAUAAAGCGGAAGAUGGAUCAGUAGAUUGUACCAACGUGGAUUCCUUACAAGCAUUCGUCAAUGUAGAUGGAAGGCUUGAGAAGGUGGAGACGUUCUGCGGCAUCAACCUUCCGAAGCCAAUCAUGUCCAAUGGUCCCAAGCUCAUGCUGGAAUUCCGGGGAACAAAGUCUUCAAGAUAUGCUAGGGGAUUUAAAAUAUCGUAUUCAUUUGUAGAAAAUUUUGGAAUCACCACAGGGAGACAGCUGAAAGAGUUCCCUUGCGCCUUCGUGUAUAAUAGUAGUGAGUCGCGCAACGGCACCUUUGCCUCACCCAAUUCACCGGGACCAUACCCCCGUGAUACAGAAUGUACAUACUUCUUCCACGGGGGAGAGACUGAGAAAGUCCAUCUGCACUUCACUAGUUUUGACGUCGAAGGAGUUUUGCCAUGUGAAGCAGUGUCAGCUAGUGAUUACGUUGAAUUUUCUAACCACAUGACUGAAGACAAUAGAUACGGUAGAUAUUGUGGUCAAAUGAAAGAAUUCCACGUGGAGUCAGAAAGAAAUUUCUUCAAAGUAACUUUCAGGUCUAAUGACCGUUUAGAUGGAACUGGGUUUAAAGCAAUAUACCAAUUUUUAGAAGUAACAGAUGAAUAUCGAGCACCAAUGCAAGAUGUGGCUUCGUGCUCUGUGUGUAUAGUUGGCCGCUUCCUGAUGCUACUACCAGCCACAUUAGCUCAGCUGUAUCAUCAACUAUAUCAUUAAAUAAUAAAGUGAUAUUAGAUUAAUUAAAUAGUUCAUAAUCCUGUAUAUUUUGUAUAAUAGUAUGUGCCAUACACAUGUAAUUAACUACGUAGGAACGCAAUAUUUUCUAUAAGAUUAUGUUUAAGUUUUUCUCUAUCAACUACCAACUAAAGCAAUACGAUAUGAAACACAAUAAAGAUUUUAUUCAAGGCACGUCGUAACAGUGAAAUUAAAAUAUUUGAAAUUAUUGA